UCCACAAAAAUGUCCACACGUUAGGCGUCGGCCUUAAUCGUUGGACAAAAGAUGACGUCACAGGCAAUCGGGCGACGUGUGUCUGUGGUAGGUCAUGCGUCGCCGUGACGUCACACUGUGAAUGUGAGUACGUGACUCGAGUUUCUGUGUUGUAUGUCCUCUUGUUACUCAGCUCCUGCAAGAGUCACACAAAUAUUCCAUUUCUUAUUUGUCAUCGAUUUGACUCCCGACAAUUUGCUGUUUAUUGCCUACACAGUGAGAUUUUGACGUUUCAGUCAUCCGUCGUCAGGCGUUGUCAAAAUCGAUGACGUCGUCCGACCGGUGAAGUUGCGUCCAAGCCAUCUCGAGAUGGACGACGAAGAAACUUUCCCGAAGGAAGUCAUCCUGGUGCUGGUGAAAGCCAGCUUCGAGCAGAUUUCGGCCACCCAGUGGGCUCUGUUGGUGGCGGGAGCCCCCGACUCGGAGACCCAGGGCAUCCUCGCCGACACCAUCGGCGACGUGAUCCAGAGGAUCUCCUCCCAAGUGGUGAGGCAUCUGAUGCCUGCCAUCACCGAGCACCUGCAAGAGUCUCAGUCUCAGGUGAGUAGUGCCAUCGACCGGUGCAGUCCGAAGCUGAGCGAGUGCAUUACCGAGACGUUCGCCGCCGCCUUGGACCUCCCGCCGCAGAAGUACGAGGGCUCGCGGGAGCUCACCUCGCUGGUGGAGUCGGAGGUGAAGCACCGGGUGAUGUCAGCCUUGUCCGUGGCCCGGAACACCGACGAGUGGCCUUCGGAGCCCACGCUCUUCAUCCGCGGCACCAUGUCCAGCGUGGGCAACCUGGCCUCCAUCUUCCGGAAAGCCGUGGAGUAUCUGAGACACGUGUUUGCUCGGGCGCGCACGCCGUGCGUGGUGCUGUGCGGCCGCUCCGCCAUGAAAGCAGGCGACAUGACCAACGCCGUGAGCAGAAUCCUCAUGAAGUGGUCCCGCAACAAUAAGGGGGAGAAAGCCCAACCCCAAAUCAAACCCAGCCAAGUCGAAAAGAUAGUGGACGUCGAGACGGUGAGUCGGCCGGACGACUUGGACAUACAUAGCGAUGACUCCGAGGCGGAGCUCGCGGAAAGCGCUAAGAUAGCUGCGAUGGAGAUCACCAGAAGUAUCAUCCAGGAGCCCAUUGGUGGCUCCGGGGACCGUGUGGGAAAACUGACGCGCUUCAACCUCAACCUGAAGGUCAUUUCCAACAAAGUGAAGAAUUUCUUUAGCUCGCAGCGGCCAGCCAGUCCGGGCGGCAGCGUCACUUUGCGCAAGUUGCGCUUCUUUAAGUUUGCGCGCAUGCAGUUUACACGCAUGUUGGGAAGAAUCAAGCGCGCCUUCAAGAACCAAGAAGGGUGUCUGGUGUGCCUCAAAACAGAUCAGCAAAAGUCCCCAAGAGGGGACUCCAAAGGCACCUUCAGGUCCAGCACCUUGCACGUCAGGCCGUCGCAGUGUCCCAAGUUUGAGUUUGAGGCCAUCCAAGAGAUGGUGAACAGGUUAUUCGAAGACCUCAGCAGGCUGGACCCGGAUGUUCGCGCAGUCAGAAUCCAGCGCUACAUGGACGAGAAGCUGCGAGUUGUUUCGCAAGAGCUCACCUCUCGUCUGUACGAGUACAUCAUGUCCUGUCAGAGCGAAGUCUACGAGGUGCCUUCGAGCCGCUCCAACACGCCUUUCAUGGACUCUGUGCUGUGGGGCCGGCGGGGGAAGAAGAACUGGGACGGUGGGCAGAAGUUCUCCCCGGAGGUCAUGUACGCCAUGACGGAGGACGCGGCCUGGAGGUUCCUGCAGCAGCUGCUCCUCUGGCUGGAGACGGAAGACGGAGACACAUACGCGGACGAAGUGUCCGGUGCCGUCGGCGAGAUCAACCAGUUGGUCGUCACGGCGCUCAAAUCGCAAGGAACCCAGGUGGAUGAAAUCUCCAGAGAGACUUCAAACGAGAUGGUCAAGGAGGAGAGCCCCAAGUUUUCCUCCUACGCUCCCGAAAGCCGCACAUUGACCUCGGCCUCUUCUGUUGGAGAACCGCUGUCCUUGAAUGACCUGAGUGAGGUCUUGGCCUUUGCGCUGACAACGCAGCUGGGCCAGCGCCUGCCCAGGAAGUGCAAGAAGUCGCUGAAGGCGGACGACCUGAUGCUGGCGGUGCAGCAGCUGUCCUCCAGGGCGUUGAAGGAGAUCAGCCCGGGCCACGUGGACAAUAUUGAGACGUUGGCCAACGUGGAGCAGGUGAUCGUACCCGUGGUGAAAAAUCUCCUGGCCGAGUUCGGCACGCCCGAUAAGUUGGUGGAGGCGGUGAUGUUGGACGAGGCGUAUUUUGACAACGUGGUGACGAAGCAUCUCACAGACCAACUACGAGCCCCCCGGGAAGCGCCCCAGGGCCCCCUGGCAUCGUUAAUGUGCUGCUAUCCGUGUCGCUGAUCCCGUCGGAAGUUAUCGAUCAUGUAUUGCGCAUGAAUCGACUACCACAAACUGCAGGUUCUCAGGCCGAGCGAGUCAUGAACCAAACGUGGUGGAUUAAGUUGACUCGCUAAGCUCCAGCCAGCGGACUUCAGUUGGACUGGAGUUGCUGGUCCGCCUUUCAAACUUGUGCGCUGCUUCAUUCAAACCUGUAAAGGGGAAAAGCUGCACUUUCAGAGACACUAUUUUUUUUUUUUUAAUUAAAUGAAUCAAACCUCGAUUCUUCAACUCUUUUAUUCAGCCAUACAAAACUCCCGUGGACUCAAAGCCUGCACAGCUUCAGAGGGAAGUUCUCCGUGAUCAGGUGGUCGUCGUGGAGCACGAUGACAACGUUGACUU